UGUGGGGUUAUAGUGGAACUGAUCAAAAGCAAGAAAAUGGCUGGCAGAGCUGUGCUGCUGGCAGGACCUCCCGGAACUGGCAAGACUGCUUUGGCUUUAGCUAUUGCUCAGGAACUUGGCAGCAAAGUUCCCUUCUGUCCCAUGGUUGGAAGCGAGGUCUAUUCCACCGAGAUUAAGAAAACAGAAGUGCUGAUGGAAAACUUCCGCAGGGCCAUUGGGCUGAGGAUUAAGGAGACAAAGGAGGUUUAUGAAGGAGAAGUCACAGAACUGACUCCAUGUGAGACUGAAAAUCCUAUGGGGGGGUAUGGCAAAACCAUCAGCCAUGUAAUUAUAGGUCUCAAAACUGCAAAGGGAACCAAACAGUUGAAGCUGGACCCCAGCAUAUUUGAAAGCCUGCAGAAGGAGCGAGUGGAAACCGGUGACGUUAUUUAUAUUGAAGCAAACAGUGGAGCUGUCAAGAGGCAAGGCAGAUGUGAUAUCUAUGCCACGGAAUUUGACCUUGAAGCUGAAGAGUAUGUUCCCUUGCCAAAGGGUGAUGUGCACAAGAAAAAGGAAAUUAUUCAGGAUGUCACCCUGCAUGACUUGGAUGUGGCCAAUGCUCGACCUCAGGGUGGGCAAGACAUCCUUUCUAUGAUGGGACAACUGAUGAAGCCUAAGAAAACUGAAAUUACUGACAAACUUCGAGGAGAGAUAAAUAAGGUGGUAAAUAAAUACAUUGAUCAAGGCAUUGCAGAGCUAGUCCCAGGUGUGCUCUUUGUAGAUGAGGUUCACAUGCUGGAUAUUGAAUGUUUCACAUACCUGCACCGAGCACUGGAAUCUUCCAUUUCCCCCAUUGUCAUCUUUGCUUCCAAUCGAGGAAAUUGUAUUAUCAGGGGCACAGAGGAUAUAGUGUCUCCUCACGGAAUACCACUGGACCUGCUGGAUAGAGUAAUGAUUAUCCGAACCAUGCUGUAUACACCCCAAGAAAUGAAGCAGAUCAUAAAACUUCGUGCUCAGACAGAAGGAAUUAAUAUUAGUGAAGAAUCCCUAAACCACUUAGGGGAAAUCGGUACCAAGACAACCUUAAGGUAUGCUGUGCAGCUCCUGACCCCAGCUAACCUGCUGGCCAAGGUUAAUGGGAAAGACAGCAUUGAGAAAGAGCAUAUUGAAGAAAUAAAUGAACUGUUCUAUGAUGCCAAAUCCUCUGCAAAAAUCUUGGCUGAUCAACAGGAGAAGUACAUGAAAUGAAGAGCUGAUCACCUUAGAUGCUUUGAAGUGGCUUUAACCCUUACCCAGGGCUGGCUUGGUUAUCAAAUGAGAAAUGUUAAUGGUUUGUCUCUUUGGGGACUGGAAAGUAUUUAAAUGUUGGACUCUGUUAGGCCAGAACUGUCAAGUGUUCCUGUUGCGCUACCAACAAUACGAUGCUCCCUGAUCCCUGACUUUAGGCUCCCUUUUAUGAGUAUAUAUGAAAUUAACAGUUCUGGACCCGUCAGUUUUGUCUUUAGAUUUCAUUACAGAAGAGCUCUAACUGAAGCUGACGCUUAAGAACAGUCUAUUUUCUUUAUGAAUGUUGUUUUAAAAUAGUUUUGUUUUACAGAUGAGAAUUUUUUUCUUUUUUUGAAUCAAAGUUUGUCUGAAGUGCUUUAUAAUAAAAUAUUUCAACAAUAGUGG